AUGGAGGACACUCGGGAUCAACCAUCCAUGGGCGUUGGCCAUAUAGAGCCGGACACCAGCAGUGACGACUUUGCCGAAGACGACAGGCAAUCCAUAUUUUCGGACCAAGACUCAGCCCUCGGAUCUGCAAGUGACAUGUCUCUCUUCUCAUCGACGGCUUCCUUGAGAUCGUCUAUCUUGAGGAGUAUAGAAGAGAACGGACGAAAAUACCAUGGCUACAAGGACGGGAAAUACGUCCUUCCAGACGACCAGCAAGAACUCGACAGGCAAAUCUUCCAGUAUGACCUGUGCCUGCUAACAUUUGACCACAUAUUAUCAUUCGCGCCCUUCACCAAGCUGAACAGGGUUCUGGACGUUGGUUGCGGCGUCGGUUAUUGGGCAUUAGACUUCGCUGAGAUGCAUCCAGAGGCUCAGGUCAUCGGCGUCGACCUGUCACCACCACCGAACGUGCAAUUCGAGAUUGACGACUUGGAAGAAUCGUGGAACUUUAGCUACCCUUUCGACUACAUACAUGCCCUCAUGAUGACCGGCGCGUUUCGAGAUUGGCCAAACUUCUACCGACAGGCGUUCGAGAACCUGAACGAAGGCGGCUGGGUCGAGAAUCAAGACAUUCACUUCCCAUUGUAUUGCGACGACGACACAAUGCGCCCAGACGGUGCUGUUAAGCGAUGGAGCGACUUGAUGGUCGAGGCUGGGGAGAAGUCCGGAUUCAAUCUCAGCGCAUGCGCACUCGCCGGGGACAUGAUGCAUGAGGCCGGCUUUGUCGAUAUCGUACGGAUACCAUACAAGUGGCCCAUCAACGAGUGGCCGCGAGAGCCCAAGUGGAAGGAGGUGGGGCGCAGGACGGGCAUCAAUUUCAGGGAAGGCAUGUCGGGCAUCAUGAUGGCGCUGUUCACGAGGUUCAUGGGCUGGACCAAACAGCAAGUGGAGGAGUUCAGUGCCCAGGUGGACAAGGAAUGGCAGGAUACCAGGGUGCAUGCCUACUUUUGCAUAUGGGUCACGUAUGGGAGGAAGCCAUAA